AUGUGGGUUGCGAUGUUGAUUGCCAUGCUUGUUACAUGGGUCAGAGAUGGCGAACCAAUUUACCCUGCUAUGCGCAAUGCAAAUGGAAGCACUGAUGGCCAAACUAUUGCGUACAUUUCUGAUGUUGGGGCCUACGGUGCACAGCCUCUAUUCAUUACUGGUAGUGUGAUAACUGUUGUUUUUCUGGACUUGGCCAUCUUGUCAGAGCGCUGGCUUCGACAUGCUGGCCAAUUGGUUCCAAACAAGGGCUGGAUCGACAAGACUUGCGCUAUCCUCUCGAUCUUUUUCGCCAUUGCCGGUGCUGCUGGUUUGAUCCUCUUGUCUAUUUUCAAUACUGCCGAUUAUCCUAACCUACACGAUGGGUUCCUAGCCCUGUUCAUUGUCGGAUACUUGAUCAGUGCUAUUCUGAUUUGUGUCGAGUAUCUGCGAAUAGGACUAUUCUAUCGAUCUCAGCACCGCGUUCUCCUGGUCAGCUUUUGUAUCAAGCUCUCUUUCGUGAUCAUUGAGAUUGCCCUCGCCAUUGCAUUCGGCGUCCUCCACCAAAGCAGUAACGGCAAGAACAAAAACCCCGCCGCUGUCAUUGAGUGGGUGAUUUCAUUUGUCUUCACUGGAUGGGUUUUGUCCUUUGCUGUCGACCUUCUGCCUUCGGUUCGUACUCGAAAGCACGUUCCUCAGGGUGAGAAGCGUCAAACUAUGUCCAUGGCCGAAGCACAUGAUGAGGUACCUACUGCCUCUUUGGAGGAACCCCUGACGACCGACUCAGCCAACUAUUACAGAGGUCAACGGGUGUAA